CCGUAGUCCAAACGACCUACCGCUUACAGCCUCCAUCCUAGUAGACAUCAAAAUCAAUACUUAGCGAUCUUUGAUUGAUUCAAUUGGUUUCGUAUGUAUACUGGACUGUGAUUGAUUCCGCCUAGAAGACAUGUCAAAGUUGUGGGCGAAGCUUACUGGGUACAUCAUCAACCGAACAUUCGCCGGACUCGAUAAAUCAGGAAACCGAUACUUCACCAGGAUAGAAGAGAUUGAUGGAAUCGUUAAAGAAAAAAGAUGGGUUGUAUUCAAGGGGGAGCAAGAACCAACAUCUGUUCCUGUUGAAUGGAUAUGUUGGCUGAAUGGGCAGAGGAAGAAAGCUCCUACACCUGAGGAAAUGGCUGAUUUGGAGGCAAGGCGUGAACAAGUUAAACUUAAUGUUGCUAUUUUGAAGGAGGAAGAAGAAAAGGAAAGGAAAGCCAAAGAAGCAAUCAAAAGAACACUUGGCAAAGGGACCGGUCCAGACUUGAAAAGCUUUAUUCAACAAUUUCCAAAUGCUUCAAAAGGUACAGUCAAGUUUGUAUUGUAGCUCAUGAACUUUGUAACUGAGCAAGGCAAUAUAGGAUUUUAGGGGAUACUGAUGUUUACAAUAUUCCCCUUUAAUGUAUUUUCGCUUGUAAUUCUCAAUUUUCGUAAUAUAUCAAUUCUGUUUAAGCAUAAUAUGUUCAUGUUGCUUGUCUUAGAUAAUAAAGCCGGGGAAGCAGUUGAUGCAAGUAUGGGCUUGAGGGGUUCCAAAUUGUCGAAGAUUGAGACAGAAAUCUCGUCUGAGGAUGAAGAACAAUAUCCUAGGAUAUCCGAGCCAACAGGAUCUGGAUUGUCCUUUAAACCAGGAACUUGGCAACCUCCAUCAUGAUCGAUCGUGUCAGUACUCAUACAUCGCAUACAUUAUAAAAUUUAGAGAAGGAUCUACUCGCUUUUGUGGUUUGCAAUGAAUGAAUGCAUGCAAAUCUUUCAGUUGAGUGUGUAUAACAGAGAUUUUUGGUAGUAUUUAAUUUGUUUUCAGACAGAGGAACACAUUGAACUUUUUAUUUACAAGGCUAAUAAUGACUCUAUUGCCCUCGUAUUAGUUUGAUGAUAGAUAUUGAAGAAUCAUCAACUAAUUGGGUAAAUGUAUUGAACUGAUUACAACCAAUGUUAAUAAUAGUUGCCUAGGUGCUCUUUAUUUUGGCCAAA